AUGGUCAAUAACAUGGAUUACAUAUUUGACGCAGAGAAGGCGAUCCCGCAGUUCGGCGGUGCGCGCGACGGCACGCGGCUCAUCCUCUUCCGCUGGAACCACGGCCACAACCAGCUCUGGCGGAUCGCCGACGCGCCGGCGGGGGGUGGACCGCCUGUGCGGGUCUCGUCCGAGUGCAACGACAAGCUCAGCCUCGCCAUCCGCGACGUUGCCGCCAUCCUCGCGCGCACCGACCUGGACGACGACACACAGGCUUUGGUGCAGAGCUUCCGGAACACCGGGCGCGUGACGGACGAGGAGGGGCGCAGCUCGUUCGCGCUGGUGAACAAGGCCACCGGGAAGGCACUGAGGCGCUGCCACGGCGACCAGAAGGUUGAAGUCGUCAGCUACAGCCUGGACUCGGUGGACGUCGCGCUGCUGUGGACGACGAGCGGCGAUCUUAGGGAAGGGUUCCAUUGCAUCCGCAGCGUCAGCAACCUCGGGUACGUCCUCGAUGCGUCGGAGGGCGAGACCACCGGGGCGCAUGAUGGGACGCCCGUCAUCUUGUUCCAGUCCCACAGCGGCGCAAAUCAGAAGUGGAAGACGACGCCGUUUCCUUGA